UCCGUUCUCCGUUCAAUAUUCCGCUGUUAAUCCUCUACAGAUAUUUAGCGUGAGUGGUACAUUCUGUUACUGUAGUGCAGCAUAUAUUUACAUUUCAUGUCAACUCAUCGCUAGUAAGCAGUUUUUCAUCUGGUAGCUGUUGGAUAACAUUAGCUGUAUUGUGGAAUUUGGAGAUGCAUACUAUGAGACAAAACAUCUAUUUGUUCAUAGUUUUCUUCAAAGAACUUCAAGGUUAUCAUCAUUCCAAUCAUGCAGGUAUCUAUUCAGGUCUCAUUUCAAACUUUGAAGUGGUUGUUCCAAAAAUUCUCAGCCAUCAUAAAGUGAAUGGAGUGGAUGUGGUAGUACAUCAUUUGGACAAGAGACAGAUCUCUUCUCCUGAUAAACAGAGAAUACAUAUUGAACUGAAAUUGGGUGAGAAAAUUGAAGUUCUGGACUUAUGGCAGAGUAGCAAUUUCAUCUCCGAUGAUCUUCAUAUUGAGAAAAUUGGAAUAAGAAAUUCUUCAGAGUCAAUAAGAACACAUACCACCAGGCAUUGUCAUUAUAGAGGAACUAUAAGAGGACAGAAUAGCUCCUCAGUGGCUAUUUCAACAUGUAAUGGAAUUGUUGGAUUCAUACGCACUGAUAAAGAUAGCUACUGGCUAGAACCGUCCAUGGGAGGCCGAUCUGAAGAGAGAGCACAUCUUCUCUUCAAGCGAUCAGCGGUUGAAAGCAUAAGAAAAGGAGGGAACAAUAAAAAAAAGAGAGUGGAUAAAGCGUGUGGUACUAGAGAGUAUCGCCAUUUUGUGAAGAGAACUCGUUGGCAACGUAGAAGAGGUGCCAAGAUCAAGGUUGAAGGUCGCGAGAGGAGAAGAAAGAAAAGAUUGUUGGCGAAGAAGAAAAAACAUGAUAGGCGUAAAAAUGAUAAGCGAAGUGACAGAACCAGGCAUAAAAGAUCCACCAGUAGGAAACACCAUGUUGAAUGUCUCGUUGUUGCUGAUAGCUCCAUGGUAGAUUUCCAUCAGGAGGAAGAAAUUGAAACCUAUCUUCUAACUAUUAUGAAUAUGGUCAAUGCAAUGUAUCAUGAUGCAAGUAUUGGAAACUAUAUCAACGUCGUUGUGGUACGAAUCAUCCUUCUAGGAGAUGAGGUGGCCCAGGGGCUGAGAGUGACUGUCAAUGCAGACCUGACUCUGGACAGCUUUUGCCAUUGGCAGCGUAAAGUCAACUACCAGCUGGACACGCAUCCACUUCAUCACGACGUCGCCAUUCUUAUUACCAGGCAGGACAUAUGUUCAGGUGGAAAUGAGCCAUGUAGUACGCUGGGUGUAGCUCAUGUGAAGGGCAUGUGUCAUCCCGAUCUCAGCUGCAGUGUCAAUGAGGAUAAUGGCGUAACAUUGGCUCAUACCAUUGCCCAUGAGCUGGGUCAUAAUUUUGGAAUGUAUCACGAUACAAAAAAAUCAGGAUGUUCAGGAAAAAAAAGAGAGACUCUGCAUGUAAUGACCACAAGCUUCGAGGCAGACAUUGUGAAUGUAGCCUGGUCUGAGUGUAGCCGAAGAGAAAUCACUAAUUUUUUCGAUGCUGGACAUGGCGAUUGCCUAUAUGAUGAGCCCACUUCUGUGGUGUUGCAAAAGUAUCCCGAUCUGCCAAUUGGUGCGGUGUACAAUGCUGAGUAUCAGUGCAAAAUACAGUUUGCAGUUGACAACACUUCUGUCUGUACCCCCAUGGAUGAGGUUUGUAACAGGCUGUGGUGCAUUGUCGACGGAGCUUGUACCACUAUGCUUCAACCUGCUGCCCCAGGGACCAACUGUGGGAAGCGCAAAUGGUGCAAUCAUCAGCUGUGUGAGGGGAUUGGUGAGAGUGUGCAGAACGGAGUAGGUGGAGUGAUUGACGGUGGGUGGGGAGCGUGGCAGCAGUGGCGGCCUUGCUCAAGGUCAUGUGGAGGUGGAGUGUCGCUGCAGCAGCGUUUCUGUGAUCACCCUGUACCAUCACAUGGAGGUGCCUAUUGUCUUGGCGAAAGGACACGCUAUAGAAUCUGUAACACACAGGAGUGUCAAAACUCCACUCCCAGUUUCAGAGCCAAACAAUGUUUAGCUUUCAAUGGGAAAAUAUUCAAUUCUGGUGUCAAUGCAACAUGGUUUCCUCAUUUUGAUACAACUGAGCCAUGUCAACUCUUCUGUACCGAUGCUGAUGAAUCUGUGAUUAUGCCAAUGGGAGUGAGAGUGGAGGAUGGAACUCCUUGUAAAUUGGGACAUAAUGAUAUGUGCAUCGCUGGAGUUUGCAGAAAAAUUGGGUGCGAUUGGAAACUGGAUUCCGAUUUGGUUGAAGAUCGCUGUGGAAACUGCUUGAGUGAUGGAGCACAAUGCACGUUUCACGAAAACUACUACAAUAAUAGCUAUGGACUGGGCUAUGUGAAACUUGUGACAAUACCAAAGUAUGCUCGAAACAUAAUUGUUCAAGAGCUUGGAAACACAUUGAAUUACAUUGGAGUUGCAAGUGCUGUUACCAAUAAUUUCUUCUUGAAUGGAAACAAAGCAAUAACAUUACCCGGGGAAUACAUAAUUGCUGGCUCGCAAGCCUUGUAUCAGAGGGAGAAGGAGAAGGAGCAUCUCUAUAUUGUGGGACCAAUUAGAGAUAUUAUCACUAUCUAUCUAAUAUUCCGUGAUGGUCAUAAAAACUUGGGCGUCCACUACGAGUACACUCUGCCUAAAAAUGUGGGCAGGGCAUCAAACGCCAGUCGCUAUUUUUGGCGCGAAAAAGACUGGACCACGUGCUCAGUGACAUGUGGUCAAGGUGAGCAGCGAUUGGCUGUUGCAUGUCAAGACUCGACCAAUCAGAAAACAGUUGAUGAUGAAUUGUGCCAACUCAGCAAAAAGCCUAAAAUCACUUCUCGUCCUUGUAAGAUGCAGCCUUGUCUUUACAGAUGGUGGACUAGUGACUGGCAAGUAUGCCCUGUGACAUGUGGCAAUUUGGUGCAGCGCCAUCGCUCGGUGAUUUGUGUCACUAGUGAUGACGUCACUGGCAACAGAGUAGCACAUCCAGACAGCGCUUGCGCAGAACUACCCAAACCACCCAUCAGUGAGCCCUGCUCCAGCCUUCCGCCAUGUUUGCUGCCGCCGAAAUCGUCCAAAAGACAUUACUCGUUGCCACGGCUUCAUUUCGAGAAUGGUUUGCCUGUUGCAGCAUUGGGCUGGCGAACCAUGGCCUGGAGUCGCUGCUCGGCAAACUGUGGACUUGGCUUCAAGAAGCGGACAGUUUUCUGUGCCAAGCCCGACUUGAGUUGUAAACUAAAGAGCAGGCCGAUUGCUGUCAAACAGUGCUUGAGGAAAUGCGUGUAGGGAUGUAUUUUCAUAGAUCUAAUAUUUGUCAAGUGUACCUUUUCCAUAAUAUAAGGGCCGGUUACCGAGCUCGGGAUUUAGCUAAGUUCUAGAUUUUAAACAGCUGGAGUCAGAAAAUUAGCUCUCCAAAAUGGGACAUAGUCGCAGUCCAUGUUUAAAUUACAAUUCGAAAAUUGAACACAAAAUAAAAUAAGAGAAAAAAGUUUAAAAUUUUAACUAUUUUGAAUAAUUCAGAAAUGUUUCAUUUCGUGAAAGUAAACCGUUUCCAAAUAUAAAAUGAGAAAAUAAAGAUUAUCAUAAGAACUGCGACUACACCCGGUUUUGGAAAACCAAUUUUCUGACUUUGGUUCAAACUAAAUUUCAUUUUACUGGAUUAAAUCUGUAACAAGUCUCGUUUGUUAUUAUUUGUUCCAUUUUGAGUUUUCCACCAGCUGAUUGAAUUCAGUUUAAGCUUGACUGCUAAGACUGUGCAAACGGCACUAAGUAUCUUCCUCACCCGUUCGAUCACGUUUUUUUAUCUGUCAGAAAAAACUUUUUUUAAUGCACAUUCCAAAUUUUUUGAAACUAUCAUUUUUAAUAUUUAAAAUUAAUAUUAUAUUCUCAAUAUACGACUUCCCGUCCUUUUCUGUCCAGAGCUGUACUUUUCAUUAGUUGGAUGUAGCUCUGGAUCCCUUAGGUAUAAUAGAGCAUUAAAUUCUUUCCAAUUUGAUGUAUAAUUUCACACUUUUACGAGUUUCCCUACACCUUUUGCAGCAGCUUUAGUGUUGAGUGUGAAAUCUCCAUUUUUGCAACAAUAGACCAAUUGACUACGGAAUUUGAAGGGAAUGUUUACUAAGAGAAUGUAAAAUAAGAGAAUUCAAUGCUCUAUAAGCUCAUAAUCAACAUGGAUUUUUUCCAUCGAUUUUUAAAAAGUUAUAAGAGCAAAAA